AUGCCCUCACUCACGCUGCAUGACCCGGACAUGAUCCUCCCAUACGAAGGCGAACGCGAGUCCCAAACCCCGUCUCCACCGCAAAUCGCCUACUUGUCGCAUCUCAACUCCCGCAACUACGACCCCAAUGCCCCCAUGGCCGUGGGCUCACGACAGAAGAAAAAUUUUUCCCGCUCGGCCUGGACACACGAGGAUGUAAAUGUCAGUCGUCGCUUGUCGGACAUCGGCGAAGAGCUGUCCCCAGCCAGGUCGGAUAAUUUCGAGACGGGGGACUCUCACGAGUCGAGCUCCCCUGAUGAGCACGAGGCCGAGUCGAGUUCCAGCUCGACCGUGAGCGCGGGAAGUCGACGCGCUUCGGAAACGAGGCCAGUGGAUCGUGAUCUAGCGGCUGCUCAGGCGGAGGUCGUGAAAGCGCAGGCGAGUGUGGUGGGAGCCAGUCCGACCCUGGCGGCCAGCAACUCCGUCGCGUCGGCUGCGGCCGAGGGCAAAGGGCCCGGGGAGGAGUUUUCGUCGGCGAUACUGAGCAGUGAGGCGGAGAGGAUUCUGGAGAAUGCGAAGAAACGCUUGAAUCUUAUGGAAGGGAAUCUGACUCGCGCUCGCUCGACUACGCGUAUGACGCCCUCGCCCUCGCCCUCUACGCCGGGGAAUAUCCCAAUGGGCAUGCACCACCCCGUCGGGGGACUGUAUCGAUCAAUAUCCCGCACCGAUCCCAAGAACUCGUCGCUACGUCGGCAGUCGCUCAUUUCCAAUCAGGAUUCAUCGAAUAAUCGACACUCGAGGGUUCAUUCGGAGACGAACAUCCCGUCCGAGUCGAGCAUGUCGAAUGAUAAGAAGGGCAUGUCUCGCUCAGUCAGCGCCAUGGGCGCGAGUACUUCGUCCAGUCUUCAUACGGAUGAUCGGUCGUUCCAGUACGAGCCGACGAGGGCCUAUCUGACGCAUCGGGCGUCCAUAUCUUCUAUAAGACCUCCGGUGCAAAUCCAAGAGCAACCAGCCGAGCCCGAGACUACGCCGUCGCCUAUCUCGGAUGGAAACAGCUUGGCAGAUUCACCGCAGAGCUUGGGCAUCUCUGAUGAAGAGUCAAAGUCUAGCCCCGACAGUUUCAGUCCUGUGUACAGUUCAUUUGGACCGCCUAGUCGUGCGCAGUCGCAGUUACAAGUGCGCGAUCUGCAGUAUCAGAUGAAGGGUCUGCAUAUCAAGAUCUCUUCGCUCAAGGUGAAGACUCAGGAGGAUAAUCUUCGCAGGCGCAGUCUGCAAAGUUUGCGUACGCCCAGUCCCCUGACGGCUGCUGAUCACUGGUAUGCCAAUGCGCUGGAGCUCAAAGAUGGCCGCAGCAGCCGUGGAUCCAACCCCAGACGUGAUACAAGCUCUGAGUAUGCCCGGCGUGUCUCAAAUGCUGGUUUGCAAAACGACCGGCGUGCCUCGGGGGAUAGUCCUGUGGAGCACCAAGCUGAGAAUGCAUCGACGAAUGCUGGCAAUUGGCAAGAUAAUGGGCCCGAAUACGAUGACAACCAAUCUGUCGCGGAGACCAUGUAUGAAGACGCUGAAGAGGGCGACUAUGACGAGAUCGACCGGGAAGCUCUGGAUGAGAUUCUCCGUGAACCGCUUGACGAUGACCUGGAGGGACCAAUUCAUAUCGAUACUACGCCUCACGAGAUGCGCGAGGAUGCCUUUGACUACGAGCAUUUCAUCUUGCACAGCGCGCUGGGCAAUUUCGCGCGACCACUCCGCCGUGCGAGCACCAGCUCCAAUGGCUCCAUUGAAACCACGCGUCCAACCUACACCGCAAAGCACUCGCGCACCAACAGCGCCAUGUCCGACUCGACGGUGGCAACCUUUGCAACCGCAACCGAAGGCCGCCGAGAUGAUGAAGAUGACAUUGACAGCGUGAUGUACUGGGACCGACGGUUCAAUCACGGUCCGUUUCCACUUCCACAGCCCCCUACUGAGGUCCGAACUAAUCCCCCGACAGAACUCCGACAUGGCCACGGACAUGGACAUGCCCACACUCACUCUCAUUCCCACCACGGCCCCAGUCCCAUUCAAGAAGCCCAAGAACCCGACCGAUCAGAAACCCCCCGUGGAUCCCGUGCCAAUGGGGAUAAUACUCUCACCCCUGUCGACGAGGUCCUCACCCCACAGAAACAAACCGGCCGCUCCUCAACUGCCGGCACCGCAACACCAAACUCCCUCGUCUCAUCCCUCGUCUCGACUGUGCGCGCUGCAUCCAGCACCCCCGUCGCCGGCGGCAUCAACGACGAUGACACGCAGAUGCUGGAAACUCUCUUUGCCAGCCUGGGUAAUGUCUGCAUGGAUCUGCAGGCCAUCACGACCUCUCCAGAGCCCGAUCACAACGCCGCACGUGUAUUACGGCGCCGGCUGGAUGCGGCGCGGAGAGUGUUGGAGGGCGAACUCGACGCUUAA